AUGGAUAAGCUCGUCCUAACCCUAAUGCUAAUCUUUUCCUUAUCAUCGGAAGCCCACUUCGUCUCCGAAACAAAUAAGAUCACGCGCCUCCAUUUCUACCUCCACGACAUCAUCGGCGGCGACAGGCCCACCUUCUGGGGCGUGGCGGACUGCAACCUAACUGACGUUCUGCCGUCGGCGUUUGGGAAACUAGUGGUUUUGGAUAAUCUCGUCACAGAGCUAGACUCCGCGGAGGUGGGCAACCUGCAGGGCACCGUGGGGCUGGCCGACCUCCGCGAGAAGGCUCUCGUGAUGCUCCUUAACCUCGUGUUCACCAAGGGCGAGUUCGAGGGCAGCACGCUCAGCAUUCUCGGCCGGCUUCCGUUGGGCGCCGAGUCGAGGGAGGUUUCCAUCGUGGCCGGCACCGGCGCCUUUAGGAUGGCCACGGGCUAUAUUAUCGCUAGCACUUAUCAUAAUGACCCCGCUCGGGUUCGUAAUGUGUACGAGUAA